GCCAGUUCUAAGCUCCCUUUCCUUUUGCUUCCCUUUCAAAAAUCAAUUAAUUUCUUUGUGGAACCUUGAUUAAUUCCCAAUACAAGAGACCUAGAAGACCUUUCCAUAGAAAACAGCUCCCAGAGAAGCGGGACAGGAUGUGCUUUCUCACUAUUGCUGUGGUUUCCUAUGUGAUCUUCAUUUCACUGCAAAUCCCUCAGACAAAAGGCAAGACAUUAGUCCUCGACAUGGCUCCAGAUGCUUUCGAUGAUGCUUACACUGGCUGUGUGGAGGACAUGGAGCACAUUGCCCCCAUCCUGUUUCAUAAAGAGAUGGCUCAGCACAAGCUGUUCAGAGAAUCAUGGCAAGCUGCCACAGCUUCUUUGAAAAGUUAUCAGAACCUCUCCCUGCCCCCAGGAUUUCAGAUCCAGCAUGCAGUGGCUGUCAUAAUCUAUACUAACUCAUCCAACCCCUUACAUCGGGAGCUCAACUCGGCUGUGAGGAAACAGGGCAAGUCUAUUGAGGCCUACAUGGAGUAUUUUCCCUUCAAGGCCUGGCAUUUCUACCUGACACGAGCCCUGCAGCUGCUGAGGGCUUCUCAGAGCUGUAAGGAGGACUCUCGGCAGACCGUAUUCCGAGGGGUGGGAAACACCCACUUUAAGCCCAAGAAACUUCAAGACAACAUCCGUCUUGGCCAAUUCUCCUCUACUUCCGAGGAGCAGCAGGUGGCCCAGAGGUUCGGCAAUGCUACCUUCUUUACCCUAAGCACAUGCUUUGGGGUCUCCAUCAAGAACUUCUCAGUCUUCCCUGAUGAGAGAGAAGUGCUCAUCCCACCCAAUGAGGUUUUCUCUGUAUCUAACUUUUCCCAGGAUGGAACUCGAAAUCUGGUGACUCUCAGAAGUCUCGGACAGACAUGUAGCAACUUCAACUGUGCCUACCUGAGAAAAGAGAAGAAUCAAAUGUGUGAGGUUAAAUCAGGAAACAUUAAUAGCAUGAUCCUUGGGAAGAUGGCACCAUGGCUUUUUGUGGGAACCCUGCUUCUGCACCUCAGAAUUUUCUACUUGAAUUAUUCCUAAAGAGACUUAGCAUUUUUCCUGCCCUAUCCCCAUCAGCCUCUCUAAUUUCCACUCACACCAAACUCUUCCAUUAAAGUCCUCAAGGAUUUUGACAAAGUGCUACAAGAUGAUAGCACCCUGUUGCUCCCUGGUGGUGAAUAUUCCCAUUGCAUCCAGUUGUUUCCUGGAAAUCCCUAAAUGUUCCACACAUCCCACUCCUUGGAUGCUUUAUCAGAAGAAGCUGACUUUUCUGGAGACCCUGAUUUCUGUAUGGCCUUAUGACUCCAUUAAUGACCUAUAAUUAUCUGUGAAAAGGAAGCUUAGGGUAGAAAAGACUUGGGGUUAGGCUUUGGGUCAUAACCUUUCUUGCCUAUGGGUUCCUUUGACUAGCUAGAAUGGCCUCCCUUAUCUCAAUUUUCCAAAUUCCCUCUAUUCUUCCAGGGUUAACUCAACUUCUGCUCCAAAAAGGUUUCUCUUCCAGAGAUCCAACAACCUUCUUUGCCUAUCUCCCUACUGAGUCAUAGACAGUCUUAUGAUAUUUUUUGUAAUGCUAAAAGGUUCUGUUUUGGAAUUUUUUGGUUUGUUUGUUUUUUCUUAAUCCAGAUGAUUUCAUUAGUGUAAAGAAUUCUGGGUAAGAAAAUUGCCUUUAUCAUUUCAUUGUGCAACUUAGUGUCUUAGAAAGCUGCCUGAAAAACAGACAUCAUGUGACUUGUCCUGGAUCACACACACAGUAUGUUUCCACUUCCAGACCUUUCUGGCUAAAUCUCUACCCACUAUACCACAUUGCCUUCCAAUUGUAGUCAUAUUAUUUUAUUAAACUUUUUAUGCUUGUGUUAUCAAUCCAAUUUGUCUAGAAGCUCUUAAAGACUUCCAUUUUUCUUUACCCACAGCACAGGAAGCACAUGAUUUAGCACCCAAGAGCACUUUAAAAUAUAUAUUGAAUUACUAGAAGGCAAUAAUGCCUGGGAAGGAAAGGCAAAGAACCAAAGUGGAAGAAAGGAAAAGGGGAGAAGGGAAACCUUCUGUUAGUCUCAUCUGGUCUAUUCCAAUCCAGCAGUGGCUGUCUUUUUUGGAAACAGCCUCAAAAGGACUGCCUCUCUCCCCAGAACUCUAAUUCUGGAUCCAAGCCUAAGAUUCCAGCUAGAGGAAGAAAAAUGGAAGGAUACAGCUAGAUACAGCUAGAGACAGGGACAAGAUCUGCCCCCCUCUCCCCCCCCCUGCCUUUUUCCCAUUUAACUGUGUCAGGUAUAUGCUAUUGAUAUUCUUCAGUCAUUUCAAUAGUGUUCUACUCUUUGUGACCACAUUUGGGGUUUUCUUGGCAAAAAUAUUAGAAUGGAGGGCAGCUAGGUGGUGUAGUAAAUAGAGAACCAGCCCUGAAGUCAUGAUGACCUGAGUUCAAAUCUGUCCUCAGACACUUAACACCUCCUAACUAUGUGACCCUGGGCAAGUCACUUAAUCCCAAUUGCCUCAGAAAAGAAAGAAAGAAAGAAAGAAAGAAAGAAAGAAAGAAAGAAAGAAAGAAAGAAAGAAAGAAAGAAAGAAAGAAAGAAAGAAAGAAAGAAAGAAAGAAAGAAAAGAGAAAGAAAAGAAAAAUGCUAGAAUGGUUUGUCCUUUCCUUCUCCAGUUCAUUUGACAAAUUUGGAAACUAAGGCAAACAGGGAUAAGUAAUUUGCCCAUAUAGUGACUGAUGGUCUAAGUCACAUUUGAACUCAAUAAGUUGAGCCUUCCUGAAUUCAAGCUCAGCACUCCAUCUACUGUGCCAUCUCAUUGCCCAUCCCGUCUCUGGCAUAUAAGAAGCAUUUAAUAAUACUUUUUCAUUCAUUCACUGGAACAGAGCACGGAAGCAUGAUGCUUUUAUGAGUGAAUACCACAGACCAACAUUCAUAUGCAGAUUUCAGGAUUACUAGUUUCUCUUCAAACUCUUUCUUUUCCCCUAUAAAAACUUAGUUGUGUCAUUUAGAUCUCUCUAUCCAUGAGUUAAAAACCUCAAUGAUUCUGAAAUGUUGUUAUCAGGGUAAGAAAUCAGUAAAACCUAAAACCACAAAUAAAAUCAAAACUCAGAUCACCAGAGAGGUGUGCCAGCCUCUGCCAGCUCUCUGGCUCCUAAAGGAGCCCACAAAUGGUUUUACAGUAGUUAUACCCAUAUAAUUCUUCUUUCAUACUCUCUACUUUCUUCACUCAUUCCCCAUCUUCUUCUGUCCUAGGUAGGCCCAAAUAAUGGUCCUUCAGAAGGGGACCCUAUCUCUAGUUGUUAGUGGGAGCCUAGCUUCCGUUCCUCAGAACUUUCUGGGGGCAGUUAGGUGGCGCAAUAGAGAGAGCACCAUCUCUGAAGUCAGCACUUGAGUUCAAAUCUGAUCUCAGACACUUAACAGACUUCCUAGCUGUGUGACCCUGGACGAGUCACUUAACCCCAAUCACCUCAGGAAAAAAAAAAAAAAAAAAGAACUUUCUGUCAUUGAGUCCUUCCUGGAAAGAGUGCCUAAUACCCAUCCUAUACUUCUCUCUGACCCUCAUUCACUGGGGAUUUUGUAAAAGUCCCUUUACAGUAAUUCAAGAAAGAAUACUAGCUGAAACAGGAAAUGGAAACCAUUCCAAUAUCUUUGACUGAAAAACUACUCAAUUGAACUGAACUGAAGCGCAGGAUGACAGCUCCCUGGUGCCCCUCCCUUGUGGUAAACAUUGCCACUCUACCCAGUCUCCACCUUCAAGUUUCUGUACCCAGUGAUGUGUUGUUGAGGCUUAAUACUCUCUCUGGAGCCCUUAGUUCAACUUAAAGACAAAUUUCCAGACUUAGUGCCCAAAGUAUUUUGUACUAGACUAGGUCACUACAUAUUUACUUUCUAUUAAUUUCAUAAUCCCUCCACUAACAGCACAGCCAACAUUUGGACUUCAUUUCUCCUUCAAAAACUUCUUAAAAUGCUGGGAGCUGUUUAGCCAUACCUAAGAGUUAUGGUGUUGAAGCUGAAGAUCCCCCCACAAUGCUAGGGUCAGUGUCAUGGGUAUAGCAAAAAAAGAAUUCACAAACUCAAUUUAUCUCCAAGUUAAGGGACAAAGAUUUAUUAUGCUGCUGACAGAAAUUCCAAGGGAAUUAAACAAAGAAUCAGGAACAAGAAAAUAAAUUUCUUGGAAAUCAAGUUUUUUAAGUCACUGAUGUUAAUUUUAUGGCUUACAAAUAAAAUUGAGGAGUAGUAGGGGUGGGGUUGCAUCCAGUAUUGAAUUCUAUGACUUAAAGGUAAAAUUGAGUGGUAUUGAAUUCCAGGACUACAUCCUGAAUGAGAUGAAGUGAGAUCUUUCAAGACAGUUGUGAAAAUCGAGUAAGGCUUCAUCUAUUUCAAAGUUUAAAUAGGCCUGAAGGACUUUAGGCAUUAAGUCAAGGCAUACUUAAAUCCCCUUCUUGUUAUCCUCCUAUGACAUCAGUGUCUCUCUGUUUCCAUCAAAUAGGGACAACUAUGUACUUAUUGGUCAAGUUCAAUUUCUUGGGUAGUUCCCACCUUUAGAAUGUAAGAUCCUUGGCCAAUAAGGAUGAGGGUCAGUGGUGGAGGGGGUAUUUGCUUUAGGGAUUAAAAGUGUUAACCUACAGUGCUUCCUCCCUUCGAUUGUCUGCUGAAUGGGUGGGAUGCCAUUCUGGUGAGAAUGUAUAAUAAACUUUGCUUUGCUUCUAGAGCUCUCUCCAGCUUUUUUAUUAAAUGGUGUCUGAACCACACAAUCCCACUAUUGAAUUCUCAGAAACUUUGCUAUUACUGACCAACAGAUUGUUAUCUGAUAGCCAGCAUUGUUUGUGGCACUCUCAAGGUCCUGUAGUCUUAGAGUUAUUGCUAUAGCCUCCCUAGGAGCUAUACCACUUAAGCAGUCAGAACCCAAAUUCAUUUGGAGCAAAAGGAUAAAGCUCUCAUCUUCUGGAGCUGCUUCAGUCUGAGAAAGGGUGUAGAGCUGGCCAGGUCUAGCCAAGUCCAAACUAAGAAGAGGAGCCUUGAUGGUGGUGGCAGUGGCAUCCAGGGAAUGUGGAGUCUCAGUGAUGAGAGUGAAACCAGACAGCCCUAUAAAGUUAUGUAAAAUCACCAACAAAAAGUUAUACAAAUUUAAAUGGCCUUACAUUCUCUGGAACCAGGAAGAUGAACCUCCAGAGAAUGACUCUUUUCAUAUUCAAACCUAAAUGGUCCCACACCCUCUGGAACCAGGAAUAUCCAGAGAAUGUAUCUUUUCAUAUACAAACUCAAGUGCUCUUGCCUGUUCUGUUCUAUUGUUCUAUUUCUGUAUAAAGUAGGCCUUCAGAAAAUGUCUCUUUGCAAAAAUCACUUUUCUCUUGAGAAUGAUAUUGCCCACCAAGAACGCCUUUAUAUUGGUGUCUUUCUAACAAUAAAAGCCUUUUUAUCACA